CUUACGUCGGGAGGGCUACACAGUGCAGGUGAACGUCAAUGACUACCUGGACAUCUACUGCCCACACUACAACACCUCGGUGCCCGAGCACCGGCUGGAGCAGUACGUGCUCUACAUGUGCAACCUGCCCCACGCGCCCCACAGCCCCAGCAAGUUCUCGGAGAAGUUCCAGCGCUACAGUGCCUUCUCGCUGGGCUACGAGUUCCGCGCGGGGCAGGAGUACUACUACAUCU